AUGUCCGACGUUGAGCUCGACGCUGCCGACUUCAUCAACACCGUUCCAGUUGACAUCCUGAUAAAAUUUCGUGAGGAGAUGUUCUCCUUGUUGUACAUCAGUAAGAAUCCCGGAAGGUUCCUCACGUACGACUGGGUCGAUGUCCACGCCCUCCAGGAAUUCAUGCAGACUCACGGCAGUACGCCAUUGCGUCGAGCGAGUAGUGUGGCGCCGUUCUCAUCCUCCGCUUCUCUCCGCCGACCGCCGUCUCGCCGGGCAUCCAUAACUGUAAAGGACGAACCCACGGAUGCCGUGUGGGUUAAACACGAGGACGAGGAGGUUGAUCUUACCUCGAGAUCUGGUGGGAAGCGUCGACAGUCGAGCUCUUCCGCUGUUUCGUGGCGCACAUCAAUGAAUGAGGACGGGACAGAGGUCCUUGAGAUUCUCACCAGAUGA